AUGUUCACUCCUACCGUCGCCAACUCUAUCUCCUACUUCUAUGCAGUGGGAAACACUCCUGCCAUCAACUUGGCCAAAAACUUGCCUCACGGUCUUGAUGCUAGUAUUUUGCUUCUCGGCUGUGGUGAUGUGAGGAACAUCCUUCACACCACGUAUAAUGAGGACGGGCUACCGCGAAAUAUCUUCUUGUUCUCCCUCCUCCUGGACAACAGUGCCUCCGGCAACACACCCUGGAACCUGUACUACAACCUCCACCUCGAGGAAGCAGACUUGAGCGUCCUAGCGUCCCAGGUUAAGAAGCUCAUCUCCGCAUCAGAGUCACUGAAGUCAUGGAAAGCAAGCUCUUACGGCAAGGUCCUGCCGUUCUGCGACCAGGCAACCCUGGAUGAUGUUCGCGCAAUAUGGGUCACCUACGACGCUGCCGCCAAAUCCGAUGAUGCGUCCGCGGACUCGGCCGCUUUGGUAUCCAAUUUGAAGCACUCACUGGAGAUGAAGAAGAUUGCUUUUGGCGACGGCGUUGCCUUCACAGGUCUGCGAUCAGCCGCCCCUGUUGCGUUGCCAUUUUCGGACGAAGUCGUCGAAGCAUCGCAGGAGUUCUGGAAAUCUGCCGUCGCAGGACCCAGCGGCGUCGCCAGCUAUCCGAACCCCCUGUUUUAUUCCUCCUUGUCGAAGCAUCGUCUCUUGCACUACGCGACUGAUCCUAUCCUGGGCUUCCAUCUCGCCGCUGCAUUCAUCCCCUUAACAGAGAAGUCUCCUCUCAAGCCUGACCAGAAGGACGAGAAGUUUAAGGCAUUCUCCGCCGCGAAGACUCAGUUCCGAGAGUGGGCCACUACUUGCGGGACAAUACUUCGGGCAAAGAGGAUCGUGAUUCGUUCUGUUGCCAGCGAAGCCCUGGCCCUGUGCCAUACCCUCCAACACUGUGCUGUGACCAAGGAGACAUCGGCCGGAUGGUACCGUCGGCAAUUUGAUGCCCGGGUCCUUGCUCUUGAUCCCGAUGCUUACGGAUCAAAGUCGACAGCCCCGGUGGCCUUCGAUACCAUUGACACUUCCAACCUCGCAGACCACUUCGGUACUCUAAACAUUCUCGUAUCGACACUGCCUUUGCUCACUGCGCAACCGUGGUCAGCUCUGUUUACCGAGACCCUCCUCAAGACCCAAGAUACUACCAAAGAAGCAUUCGACAAGCUCCUCUACGGUCACAGUCAUACAAUCUCACUACUCCUGGGGGCGAGUCCUGUGGAAUACUGGACUAACGCCACUUCUGUAUCGAGCGUCGACGAGAUUCUGAUCGGCUUGACUACCAAGAAGAUCCAGUCAAGCAAGGAUACCCCGUCUCAAGUGCACAACCGUAUCACAUGGAAGCAGAGCAAACACUUCUCUGGAGCGACCUCGGGGAGUCCUCUCAAGAUCGAACCUGAAGCCCUGGCGAACAUCUUCUUCAGCCUGUACCUUGAGAUGUUCGCUCAUGAGAACCCUAUGAAGUUGUUGUCCAUUUCUAAAGCCUCCGUCACCCAGUUGAUUCGAAACAUGGCCUAUUCUCACUUCCAUCGCGGCACGCUCGUCUCUAUUCUGCGAUAUCUCAAGCUCAGAUUGGCCGUCAACGACUUCGACUUCGCCUGCAGGCUGUUGAUUGAGAAGAUUUGCGCGGAAAGAAGUCUCAUGUUCACGGGCAACCUCAGGCAGGAUUUGUCCCUGCAAAUGCAUAUCCAAGAUGUCUUUUCGGAACCCUGGCUUCGCCAAGAAAUCAAGCCCAACCGCAAGCUCGGUGGUUUCGACUCGUGGGAGCACGUCCCAGAAGUUGUGGCUGUUAGUCUUGUGGUGCCGAGGGAGAGGUUCGCUCAGGUUUUUGCAGGGUCGGAUCAGGCGAAGAUAAGCUCUCCGACCAUUAGAGGAUCCUUGGUCUCUGGCGAGAAUGCGGAUCACAAGUGGCAUAAUUUCUAUGACGAGGUUCAACUCGUUUUUGGUAACAUCGCCUCCCAUGGUAAGAGAGAGAGCAAUGAUUUCUCCGUCACCGUCGAAGCGGAUCCUGCAGGUUGGCUUGGAAACUCUCCACUCAUCGCGUCCUUUUACGUCCCUGCUGCCGCGCUCCAGGUGGAACGCAAGACAGCCUAUGUUCGCUUGGAGGUCCUCAGUUCCGCUCAAAGCAUUGCCGUUUUCAGCAAGGUUCUGGGUGAUGAGCUGCAAAUCUUCCAAACGAAGCUGGGCGAUGAGGAUAAUGUAUUCAUCACCAGGUACAUGCCCGGACAAACCAGGUAUCCCGCUGCUUCAGGUGCGGCGGCUGCUGUCGCCGAGUCUACUGUCGAGGCCAACAGCGAAACUGUGUCUCUCUUCACCGCCGACGCGUCCAAGAAUCAGAACAUAGUUGAGACUAUCACGGGCCAUCUUGAUUUCUUCUCGGAAAGGGGCAAAAAACUGCUCGCCGACAAGGUCCCAGUCGUCAUUGAGCAAGCCUCGCCCUUCACCGUCAACAUUGUGUUUGGCGACAACGAGCACAUCUAUCCUCUUACAUUCCCAGUUCCAGUUGACGCCAAAAAAGCCAAAACCCGCAUCGCUCGCAAAUCAGCCUACUUUGAGACAGCCCUCGACGAUUUCGUCUACCCAACUUACCUCGCUCGAAGCUUGUCCAGUACCCCGGCAGACCUCAAUACCCCACACUUUAACCUCGAUCGUCUCCCCAUUAUCGACCUCACAAGUAAAGAAGACAACCGCUGGAUCACGACACUCCUCUCCUUUGAAUUCUCUCUCCGAGAAAGGGCGCUGCGCGAGGAGGUCAACGCAGGUAGACAAGAACUUUCACCCUCGCCCCGUCUCAACUUCAAGGAGUCUAUCUUCACCAUGACGAUGCUUUCCUCGGGCCAACAAGGCGGCCAGACCGGUCUAUUCUGCCUGAACCACCCCGAUCGUGGCGGCGUCCACAUGCUGAUAUUCAUCUCCGCCAUCAGGCUUGAUGCCGCUGCAGCUUCCAUCGUCCUUGACGCCGCGGUCCUGCCUUUGACAAUUCCACUCAUCAAGAAGUGCGAGCCGUUCUUGUUGCUUCUCAGGACGCUGGAGAUGUGCUCCAUUACAAUCAAUGACGACGAGUUGGUCUUCUGGAAAAAGACUCUCCCUGCCCUCGCAGAGCGCAGCCGGACAUGGAACCACAAGUCGUCCUGCGAGUACCGUAAGACCGGCUCCGUCCCCCUAUCUCUGGAGCCCAACGAGCCAGUCCUCUGUUCAUGUGGCAACGGCCAUUUUCCGGACAACUUCAUCGGUCUCCCGGAGUGGGAAACGGCCGCCAAGUACGCCACCCGCGUCGCCAUCAGUCCGACUUUUGCCGUACCACUCGUCGAGGACAUUGUCGAUACGAAUCUAUACAAGGAAGUUGGCACCGGCGCCCCCUCGCAGCAGGAGAGAUGCACGAACUGCGGCAAGACGGGUACGGAUGGCGUUGGGCUGAAGAAGUGCAUGCGCUGCCUGAAAGUGAAGUACUGCAGCGCUGAGUGCCAGAAGAAGGACUGGCGCAAGCACCGCGGGGAAUGCGAGGAGAGUGAAGAGUACCACAAGUAA